UGGAUUUAUGGAGUUAUCAACUGAUUCAGAGAAACAACAUCUGAUUGAGAGUCAUUUGGAGCAUCUUGGAUGGUUAAGCUCUCCAGAGGAAAGAUAUUCAGACUCAGAGGUCAGUGAAGAUGCCUCCAGCGUGGACGGCCUGUGGCAGCAGGAGCGUCUCUGCCAUGAAACGGACGUGAUGUCGAAGGCUGAAGGUGACGAGAGGCGUUUGGCCAGGAGGAAGCUCGUCAUCGCCUGCGCCAUCAGCCUCGUCUUCAUGACCGGAGAGGUGAUUGGUGGAUACGCUGCUCGCAGUCUGGCCAUCAUGACAGACGCGGCGCAUCUUCUGACUGAUUUUGGCAGCAUCAUGAUCAGCAUCUUCUCUCUGUGGAUCUCAUCCAGGCCUCGCACGCAGACCAUGACAUUCGGAUGGCAUCGAGCAGAGAUUCUGGGUAUGCUGCUGUCAGUUGUGUCUAUCUGGGCUGUGACGGCAGUUCUGGUCUUAUCAGCCAUACAGAGGAUCAUGGAUGGAGACUACGACAUCGACAGUCAGAUCAUGCUCAUAACCUCGGGCUGUGCUGUGGGGGUCAACGUCCUGAUGGUCCUGAUCCUCCAUCAGUCCGGCGCCUCACACGGCCACAGCCACGGGUUUCCCAGCAGCCGGCCGCAGAUGGACAAAGAACGUCAGGAGCGCAGCCACACUCAUAGCCACGCUCACAGCCACGGCAACGCCAGCGUGAAGGCCGCCUUCAUCCACGUGGUGGGAGACCUGCUGCAGAGUCUCGGGGUCCUGCUGGCUGCCACCAUCAUCCACUUCUGGCCUGAAUAUAAAGUAGCGGAUCCGAUUUGCACGUUCCUGUUCUCGGUCCUGGUUCUUGGGACAACAAUUCCAGUCACAAAGGAUGUUUUCAGAAUACUGCUGGAGGGCACUCCUCAGGACAUUAACCUCAACACCGUGCGAGAGCUGCUGCUGUCGGUGAGAGGAGUCGUGGCUGCUCACAGUCUGCACAUGUGGAGCCUCAACAUGACUCAUUCUUUACUUUCCGUGCACGUGGUCACAGAGGAAGAUGCUGAUCCGCAGAUCGUCCUCACGAAGGCAACGAAGCUUCUGCGCUCUGAGUUUAGUUUCACCAGCAUCACGAUCCAAGUGGAGAACGUCGGGACCGCCGCUCACGGCGCCGUGACCUCACAGACUGAACGAUGACUGUGGAAAGAGACACGUAGCUGAAAGGUUUACACACUUUUUAAAGUUAAAAUAUGAAGCAGAGGAUCCCCAACUCAGGUGACAAGUUGCUGGCUGUCACAUGUGCAUGUCUGACCAGCUGCUGUAGGGCUACAGCUUUUACAUUUCGGGAGUUUGGGACACUGGUUUCAUCAUGUUUUAUUGCUGAUCAAACUGAACCUCACUUUGCAUUACUUUGGAAAAAUGUAUUGUUUGUAUUCACUGAAUAUGACAGGAAUCUCUGGUCUCAGCUUUAUCUAUUAAUUUGUUUAUUAUUUUCAAAUUUUACAGUCACAAAUCAAAGCAAAUCUUAAGCAAAAAGCCAAACUUUCCAGAGCUGAUUGUCCAUAUCAAACAAUACAUUUCUUCUAUAUCUGAAUGUACGA